AUGGUUUUUUUGAGUAUAAUGUUUGGAUUCGAAUUCUCAUGGUUUCAUUAUUCAUUGGAGGCUAUACUUAUUGCGACACUUAUAUUUAUGUUAAUGAAAAGUCGAAAACAGAAAAAGGAGAAAUUAUCGAAAAGAUUGACUGAAAAGGUGAGUCGUUUUUGAAAAUAAUGUUUGAAAAUCCUAUGAUAAUUAAUUCAUAAAAAUUAUUAUUUGUAGAAAAAAUUAUUGAACCCGAAUAAUAAAGUAAAAAAAAAAUAACAAUAUCUGAAUGAGCGGAAAAAAAUGUCACUGAAAAUUUAAAAAAAAACUUCCAUUCAUGAAUUUUCAGAACGAAUAGUAGCUGACUAGAAUUUUAAAAAACGAGAAAUGGAAAAUAAAAACCACGUGAAAAAUUCACCCAUUUUUAAUAGAAUUCAAAAUUUUUAAUUUAAAAAAAUUCACGUGAACUCGAUCACCAAUUUAAUUUCAUUUCCAAUUUUCUCCGAUUCCAAAACAUCUCUCAUUUACUUUUCAGCAAAAAGAUGAGUUGAUAGCUGAAUGGGAACCUGAACCACUGGUUCCAGAAACACCACAAGAUCAUCCGGUUUUGAAUCCGAAAUUUGCUGAUGGGUAAGCUAUUUGUUCCUCAUCAAAUUAUAAUUUCCCAAUAAUUUUCAGAAAAAUGACAAAAGAAGUUUCGAUUGAUGGAAAACAAUAUUUGAAUUUGGCAUCGACAAAUUUCCUGAGUUUCAUUGGUUUGAAAAGAAUCGAAGAACGCGCGAAAUCAACAAUUUUCAAAUAUGGAGUUGGUUCAUGUGGACCACGUGGUUUCUAUGGUACUGUAGAUGUUCAUUUGGAUUUGGAAAAAGAAUUGGCCAAUUUUAUGGGAUGCGAAGAAGCUGUUCUUUAUAGUUAUGGUUUUGCAACUGUUUCAAGUGCAAUUCCAGCUUAUGCCAAAAAAGGAGAUAUUAUUUUUGUUGAUGAAGGUUAGUUUUUUUCUUGAACUCAAAAAAAUUCAAAUUUAUUAUUUUCUCGAAUAAUAUUAUGUUAUGUUAACUAUUCCUUCCUAUUUUAGGAGUGAAUUUCGCGAUUCAAAAAGGAUUGCAAGCCUCUCGAAGCAGAAUCGAAUUCUUCAAACACAAUGAUAUGGAAGAUUUGGAAAGACUUUUGAAAGAGCAAGAUCAAAGAGAUCAAAAAGAUUUGAAAAAAGCGAAAAAUAUCCGAAGAUUUAUUGUUGUUGAAGGUCUUUAUGUAAAUCAUGCCGAUCUUUGUCCACUUUCCAAAAUUAUUGAAUUCAAAUGGAAAUACAAAGUUCGUGUAUUUAUUGAUGAAUCAUGGUCUUUUGGAGUUAUUGGAAAAACAGGAAGAGGUCAGUUGAAUUAUUUCAUUUUUUGUUUAUUAUUUACAAAACCCGCGUUAAUUAAUUAUUUCGAUACCUAA